GUCUAAGCUAUUUUUGCUCAAGUGUGGUUUUCUCUUCCUAUUCCUUUCUAUAAUCUUGAUCAAUACGUCCAAUGCACAAACACAUGAAGAUCACGACGGACACACACAUGUUACAGACCCAACUGAUGUACACACAGAUGGUGCACACACUGAUAUAGCAAACACAACUCACAUUCAUACUGAAGAAGACCCACAUACUCAUGUACAUGCCGCAGAAGAAGAAGCAGGAAGUGGGCACUCACAUUCCACUUCAUGCGAAAUCGAGGCCAAUCCAAGCUACAAUAUGCCCAUGAGAAUCGGAUCCAUAUUUAUCAUUUUGGCUACAUCUGCAGUUGGUAUUUUUGCUCCCAUCAUCCUUCAUCGCGUCAGUCCCUAUCAGCCUGGUUCUCCUCGAGAAUGGAUUCUAACAGCCGGCAAAUUCUUUGGCACAGGUGUCAUUAUUGCUACUGCUUUUAUCCACAUGCUUCCGGAAGCACUCGAGCGAUUUGAUAGUCCUUGUUUAAGCGCAGGAUGGCAUUCAUAUCAUGCAUUCGGUGGUGUCUUUUGUUUAAUUGCCUCAUUUGCACUUCAACUUCUUGAACUCGCCGCUCUCACCAACCUGGAUAAUCUUGCGCGCAAGAACGCUGCAAGUAAAGCAGGCGAUGAAAAACUAGAAGAUCAAAAGAUCCAUGCUCACGAUCAUACUGGAAUCCAUGAAGAUGGCCAUGUUCAUACCGCUGGGUUCCUUGAAAAUGAACAGUCCGUCCGUAGCCUGGGUACCUUUAUCCUUGAACUUGGUAUUGUCAUGCACUCGAUCAUUAUUGGUAUUACUCUUGGAACAACAGACAAUGAUGAAUUUACAACAUUGCUUAUUGCCCUUGUCUUUCAUCAGUUCUUUGAAGGUAUCGCUUUGGGUACUCGAAUCAACGACUUGAACUGCCAAACAUGGCGUAAGCCUAUCAUCAUGAGUGCCUUAUUUGUCUGCAUGACCCCUAUUGGUGUUGCUAUAGGUAUAGGUAUCCGCUCAACCAUUGAUCCUAGAGCUUCUCUUCUCGCACAGGCUAUCUUGGACUCUCUUUCUGCUGGUAUCUUACUUUACAGUGCUUAUGUGUCUCUCAUGAGCAUUGAAAUCAACCAUAAUACUGGAUUCCGUCAAUCCAGCAUCUUUAGAAAGGCAUUUUGUUUCAUUUGUAUGUACUUGGGUGCUGGUCUUAUGGCUGUGCUUGGUACAUGGGCAUAA